UUCAUGCUCUAAGGUCCAUUGUUACAUUGUGAAGAGGAAGAGUUGUGAUUACUCAUUGGAUUAUUUUUUAUUCAAAAAACAAAAACAUUUUAAAACCUUUAUGUAUCCAGGAAAACCCUAUUGAGGACGGAUGAGAGAGACCUGAGUGGGAGUGCCGAUCUGCUCAAGUCCAGUCUAAUUACAUGGAGCCCAGAAGAUCUUGACUGGUAACCAGGAGUCUUCUUUCUGAAACUGUCCCAGUGAUAUUUAUUGACCAUGAGCGGCGGUGUGAACAUUAAGAACAUGUCUCAGGCCCAACCAGGCUCAGGUCUGGUUUCUGGUAUCCCCCUACCCCGGAGCAUGAUCCCCCUCUCCAGACUGGACCCCAAACACCAAGGGGGCGGCGGCCUCCAUAACUCCACAGCACAGUUUCAGCUCAGCGCCAAAACGCAUCCCUCCUCCUCCUCCACCUUUUCAAAUGAGCUGCAAAGAGGUGCAGCUUUGAAGAGCCACCUGCUGCAGCAGAGGGGUGGUAUCUGUUCCCCUUGUCCCCCCUCCAGAGCCUCCUAUGCCCCAGAGAGAGGCACAGGCAGCCGGUCAGCCUACAGCAGCCCCCAGGUCCCCAAGAGGCAAGCUCCACCACCACGCUCCAAGGACACCCUUGACCUCCGCAGCAGCAGCGCGCUAUCCCAGAAGGCUUUGCGAGAACUUCACGUCAGGAGAAACGCCAACAGGAACUGGGCCUCAGGCGAGGUUUGCCCCAGAAGUCUGGAUGACAAUGGAGACGCACAGGAUGCCUUGUGCAAGCUCUCUGGUGGUAAUGUCCACUCAGGCCAAAGCCGGGGUAGAUUCUCCCACACUAAAGCAGGGAACGGGAACCUGAUCACCUCUGUGUUGACGACCACCCAUACAUGCCAGGAGCGUAGGGAACCAGGAAAGCUCUCCAGCCAAGGCAUGGGCAUGUCUGAGAGAGAUAUGUCCACCAACAAACCCAGAGAGUCCCAUCAGAGCCAGGGUGGUGGUGAUGGCAGUCAGACAGUCAGUGUGACACGCCGAGGGAUUGAGCCAGCCCAAGUCAACAUGGCCACUGUGGCACCUUUCACGUUCAGGUUGCAGGCCCAGGAUGGUGAUACCUCUUCUCUGGAGGACCUGAGUGACUGCUCCUCUGACUCCAUGGAGGUGUGCUGUGAUGACCUGGGAGGCAUGCUCAGAAGUAGUGUGAAAGGAGGCAGAGAAGGAGAUUUAAAGAUGGAACGGGCGGAAAGUACCAAAACCUACGGCCAAGCAGAGGGCAAAGCUGUUGGCGUGGCAGCCAAGAGGGGCAAGUCGGGGAUGCCCCAGAGUGCCCAGCGAGGGGAACUGAGGGUGUACCGUGCAGGUAGCUCUGAAGGGCGGCUGCCUGUGUCCUCCAACCUUCGCAAGCAGAGGUCCCUGACCAACCUGGCCGUGCUCACCGAUGCGGAGAAGAAGAUGCACCUCUACGAGCCCAAGUGGUGUGAUGACAUGGCCAAGCCUGGAGCGGGGCAUCUCAAGACGGGCAAGCCCAAGCUGGCAGGAGGGGGUGGCAGUGGCGGAGGAGGUGGCGCGCCACUCUCACGCAACCUCUCCAAGUCAGAGCACUCUCUCUUCCAGGGCAAACCCAAACCCUUCAGCCCACUGGCGGCUCCUUCUGGCCUGGUCAGACCCGGUCAGAGCCGGAUCCCUAGGGGUCCAUAUGCAGAGGUGAAGCCCCUGAGUAAGGCCCCUGAGGAUGGAAAAUCUGACGAUGAGAUCCUCUCCAGCAAGGCCAAGGCUGUCAACAAGAAGCAAGUGGCGGGAGCUUCUGGGGAGGCAGGGGCCAAGGGCCAAGGGGAUGGGAGCCAGUCCUUCCUCAAGGUGGAUCCAGAGCUGGUAGUGACUGUCCUUGGUGACCUGGAGCAGCUUCUCUUCAGCCAGAUGCUGGACCCAGAGUCUCAGAGGAAACGCACGGUGCAGAACGUCCUUGACCUCAGACAGAACCUGGAAGAUACCAUGUCCAGUCUACGGGGAGCCCAGCUCAGCCAUGGCUGCCUGGAGAGCAGUAAUGUUUGCUAUGACAGUGACGAGACCAACGCCCGCAGUAUGUCCAGUCUGUCCAAUCGCUCGUCUCCUCUCUCCUGGCGCCACGGCCAGUCCAGCCCCCGGCUGCAGGCUGGAGACGCCCCCUCGUCCACGGGUAGUGGCGUGUACCAUGGGGGAAAGGCCGGGUCCCAGUAUACGGCCCACACCAUGCCUGCCCGAGUCACCAGCCGUCUCAGCCACUCCUCCCGAAUCGAGCUCAUCGAAGGGCUGGAUGUGGACGAUGCUGACCUCAAGUCUGGUUACCUGAGCGACAGCGACCUGCUGGGAAAGAGCAUGCCAGAGGAUGACGAUGACAACCUAGCCAAUGGUUGGGAUGAGAGCAGCUCCAUCAGCAGUGGGCUCAGCGAUGGCUCUGUAGACAACCUCAGCUCUGAGGAGUUCAACGCCAGCUCCUCCCUCAACUCCCUGCCCACCACGCCCCUCGGCUCCAGACGCAACUCCUCUGUCAUGCUCCGCACCGAUGCUGAGAAGCGCUCCCUGGUGGAGAGUGGCCUGUCCUGGUACAGCGAGGAUGCCAAGGCUGCACGCAAGAUGGACGGGAGCAGCUACGAGACAGGGAGCCUCAAAACCGAGACCCCCAGCAAGUGGAGGAAGUCUUCCAGACCCAUGGAGGGUGCUAGUGAGGACGCGGGGGUCAAGGGGGAACUGAGGAAGCCCCAGAGCCUGGGUCAGCCAGGGAACUUUAAAAAGGGACGCAACCCCCCUGUGGGCGUGACCUCACCCAUCACGCACACCUCUCAAAGCGUCCUGAAAGUGGCAGCACCAAAGAGUGACCACAAGGCGGUGGACAAGACCAAGAUGUCUGUGAAGGCUGCUGGGCUGCAGCGCUCCCGUUCCGACGCCGGGAGAGAACACCUCCCGGAGCACCGGGAACACCGAAAGCCACCGUCAGGCCUGGUCAAGCCUUCUGCCGGGGCCUCGUUCGGCUACAAGAAGUCCCCGACUACCGGCACUGCCACCGUCAUGACAGCAGGGGGCAGCACUAUCUCUAGUGGCUCUGCCACCGUGGGCAAGAUUCCCAAGUCCUCUGGCAUCCCUGUGAAGCCGAUGGGAGUAGGAGGGGGAGGAAAAGGGGGGCGUAAGAACAGCUUUGACGCCACAGGCAGUGAGGAGGGGGGCUUCCUGGGGCCCAACGCCCGUAACAGCCUCCAGUACCGAAGCCUGCCGCGUCCUGCCAAGUCCAGCACCCUCAGCCUGAUCGGCCGCCCUGGGUCGGCCCGGCCUGCCAGCAGCAGCAUCGACCCCGGCCUGCUGAGCCUGAAGCCUGUCUCCAUGGCCUGCCCUGGCCCCAAGAGGAAAGAGCCCGGCAGUGGAAGCACUAAGGGGGCCAGUCGAGGAGGGAGCACAGGCCCUGUCAACCAGACAGACCGGGAGAAGGAGAAGGAGAGAGCUAAGGCCAAGGCUGUGGCAUCUGAUAUGGACUCCCUGUGUGGCUCCCUGAAGAUGGAAGACUGUCUGGGGGAUUCUACAGGGGAGGCCAGCACCAAACUGCAGGGACUGCGGAGGGCCAGUAGCAGCAAAUACCCCGAGCUCUCCUCGCCCACCAGUCAGAGGAUGCUGAGCUGCAAGUCUCUGGGUCGGCCGCCCAGCCUUGCCCACUUGGACAAGGUCAACUCCAAUAGCCUGGAUUCGUGCGUGACCAUCCAGGACCUGCCUCCUAAAGUGCCCCCUUACUCUAAGCUCCAGGACCUGGCCGGGUCUGGCUCACGCAGCCCGGCCCCCCGGGGCCUCACCCCUAGCCCAGCACCCGUCCUGCACUUGGACUCCCCCAGCUGCUACCCCAGCCAGACCCUGUCCUUGGGGGGCUCUCCGCUGCUUUACCCCAAACUAUCUGGCCUGCACCGCAGUAUGGAGUCCCUUCCCCUCACCAUGAGUGUUCCUCCCAGUGGAGGAUAUAUCCGGGCAGAGUCCCGAGACAGGGACAGGGAUAGGGAGGAGGUGAGGGGCACAGGGACCUGGGUUGCUGGGAGCAGGACCUCCCUCAAUCUCCCAGACAGUUUGCAAACGGACAGGAACACCUUACCUAAGAAAGGAUUAGGGUAUGUCAAUCCCUACAGCUCUGGUCCGUCUGAGGGUCAGUCGGAUGGAAAGGAGAGGCGUCACUCCCACACGGCAGUGAGCCUGACAGAGAGCGAGAGCCCCCCUCAGCUGCCUUCUCCCACCCACAUGCCCCAUCUUUCCUCUGGCAAGGCCCACCUCACUAACGUGGUUUCCCCCAUACCGAGCGGUGACUGUGUCCCCAGAAUAACCCGCUCCAACAGUAUCCCCACCAAUGACGCGGCCUUCGACCUGUACGGCUCCUCUCCACUGGGCAGCAGCAUGUCGCUGGCCGACCGGCCCAAGAGCAUGAUGCGUUCUGGAUCCUUCCGUGACCGCGAGCCCGUGGAUGACUGUGAGACAGCUAGCACAUUCCAUGGCUCUGUCCUGUCCUUGGCAUCCAACGCUUCAUCCAACUAUUCCUCUACCGAGGAGAGGAUACAAGGAGAGCAAAUCCGCAAGCUGAGACGCGAGCUGGAGAACUCCCAGGAAAAAGUGGCCAACCUGACCACCCAGCUGUCUGCCAACCUAGGCCAGGCUAAUUUGGUAGCAGCGUUCGAGCAGAGCCUGCAACUGAUGACGUCACGUCUGCAGAGCCUGUCGGUCAGCCAGGAGCAGAAGGUACCGGACUCUGAGCUGACUGAUCUGAAGGAGACCAUAGAGAUUCUGAAGACGAAGAACACAGAGGCACAGGAUAUAAUCCAUGUGGCCCUCAGUAACCCUGACAUCCCUCCCAAAGAGCUGCAGAUGAAGAGGCAGAACUCUUCUGAGAGCAUCUCCAGCCUGAACAGCAUCACCAGCCACUCCAGCAUGGGCAGUCUGAAGGAGCAGGAGGCCAAGAAGAAGAAGAAGAGCUGGGUCUUUGAGCUGAGGAGCUCCUUUAACAAGGCGUUCAGCAAGAAGGGGUCCAAGCUCUCGGCGUCAUACGCCGACAUCGAGGAGAUCGCCACGCCAGACUCCUCGGCACCCUCCUCUCCUAAAAUCCCCAUCCACCACGUGGACAGGGAUGGGGAUGGGGAUGGGGAGGGAGAUGGAAAUGGGGACAUUUCCAUGAUGAGGUCCUCUGUCUCUGCGUCUUCCUCUGGACUGUGCGAAGGAAGCGAGGAGCCCCCGGAGGAUGAGAAGGUGGUGACCACGCUGCGCUCGGCCCUCUGGGAGAAGGAGAGGAAGCUGACAGACAUCCGCUUGGAGGCGCUUAGCUCCGCCCACCAGCUGGAGCAGCUGCAGGAGGCCAUGAACAACAUGCAGAUGACAGUGGAGAACCUGAAGGCAGAGAAUGACCAGUUGAAGACAGGCGGUCCCUCCACCUCCACCUCCCAGUCCUCCGGCCUGGCAUCACUCGGCACCGCCUCGCCACGCCAAUCUGUUGCCAUGUCUCUGACCAAGACCUUCAGCAUGAGUCUGGGAGAGGGCAGCCCCUCUGACGUGUUCCAGACAGAUACCGUGAGCCUCCCCGCUCCCAGGGACGACACUCGCGUGAGAGUGGUGGUUUGCGUGGCCAAUCUGCGCGUCUUCAAAGAUGAGGUGAAACAGCAGGACUUCUUCAUCGGAACUGUGAGGGUUAACGGCAGAAUGGACUGGCCUAUGCUGGACUCGGCUGUUGGCCAGGCUUUUAAGGUGUACAUAGCCAAGGUGGACCCCACCUCCAGCCUGGGCCUUACUACAGACUCUGUCUACAGCUACAGUAUGAACCACAUCAGGAGGGUGCUGGGAGGGGAGCUGCCAGAGAGCCAGCCCUCACGCUGUGUCUCCAAGGGGACCAGCGGCAUCACUGUCACACUCAAAGGUCUGAAGGAGAAGUGUGUGGACAGCCUGGUGUUUGAGACCCUCAUCCCCAAGCCCAUGACCCAACACUACAUCAGCCUGCUGCUGAAGCACCGCCGCCUCAUCAUGUCUGGGCCCAGCGGCACCGGCAAGAGCUACCUCACGUCUCGCCUGGCAGAGUACCUGGUGGACCGCAGCGGUCGAGACCUCAACGACGGCAUUGUGGUCACCUUCAACAUGCACCGCCAGUCUUGCAAGGAUCUCCAGCUCUGCCUGUCCAAUCUGGCCAAUCAGAUUGACCGGGAAACCAGCACCGCUGAAAUUCCAUUGGUGGUUAUCCUGGAUGAUAUACAUGAUGCCACUUCCAUCAGUGAGCUUGUCAACGGGGCCCUCACCUGCAAAUACCACAAAUGUCCUUACAUCAUUGGAACUACUAACCAGCCGGUGAAGAUGACCCCGAACCAUGGCCUGCACCUCAGCUUCAGGAUGGUGACCUUCUCUAAUAAUGUGGAGCCAGCCAAUGGCUUCCUGGUGCGUUACCUGCACAGGAAGUUGAUGGAGGCGGAGGACGAGCGGAGCCUGGCCAACGAGGACCUCCUCAGGGUGCUGGACUGGGUGCCCAAGCUGUGGUACCACCUGCACACCUUCCUGGAGAAACACAGCACCUCUGACUUCCUCAUCGGCCCGUGUUUCUUCCUGUCCUGUCCUGUGACUGUGGAGGAGUUCCGCUCCUGGUUCAUUGACCUUUGGAACCUCUCCAUUAUCCCCUACCUGCAGGAAGGAGCCAAGGAUGGCAUUAAGGUGCAUGGUCAGAAGGCGGUAUGGGAGGACCCAGUGGAGUGGGUGAGGGGCACCCUUCCCUGGCCCUCAGCCCAACAGGACCAGGCCAAGCUGUUCCACCUGCCUCCCCCCAGCAUGACCUCUGGAGGCCCAGGCCAGCCCAGCGAGGCCUCAGCCAGGCCUCUUAAUAAGGAGACCCCACCCAGCUCCAUGGACACCCUGGACCCUCUGAUGGCUAUGUUGUUGAAGUUGCAAGAGGCAGCCAACUGCAUUGAAUCUCCGGACAGAGAAACAAUGGACCCCAGCCUCCCUACAUUUUGAACGUCAACUACAACUGUAGACUCAAAACCUAGCCCUUCAAAUAGCCCCUAAAUAUGUACCCCUAUGUGAGCUCUAGUAUACACAGUUCAUAAUAUUCAGGAACAAAAACUCCAAUAUAGUUUUCUGCUCCUUUUGGACCUUAUCUUUAAUCUCCGCAAACAACAAUCACACUACAUAUGGUUGAAUGAGAAGCCAUUUUGUUUUGAUGUUUUGAAAUUGUAUUCAAUCAUUCCAAGUCAUACCGACAUAUAUUAUAGCGAGAGAAAACAUUUUUGAUUUAUUGAACUAGAGGUUAUAUUCACAAUACACAGUAUAAAGUCUCUCUUUCUUUACUGAAGCCUUCUCUCUGUCACUGCUACCCUCGAUAGAAACAGGUGCUAAUUAUCGAGAUAAUAAGUAUCACUCUUACUUUAGAAAUGAAUCCUCAUCUCUCAUUGGUCUAAGCAGGUGAUUCUUCCAACAGCAAAUUCAAAUGACAAAAUAGCACCAUCCUUGCUUGUCAACUCUUGCUCAGCAACAGCAACAUGGCCUGCAGUGUGCAUGUACAAUUAAGUCAGUUGGAGACCCCGUUUUUGGCUUAUUGGAAAGAGUAUGGCGGCAUGUUGUAUGGCUUGUCAGGUUGUAUAGUCCUGGUCCUGAAUACAUAUCCAUCUAUCAAUCUUUGAAGGCCAAAUCUUAGACAUAUGCAACUCUUUAUACAUAACCAGGUGAACUUGUUUUUGACUCUGUGACCAAACAUACUGAAUGCCUUAAUAAAUAUAUUCCUUAUGAUAACCUCAAGAUGAGUAGCAGUAUACAACAUUGGUGCUUUGCUUCAUAACCAUCGCCUCAGAGCAGAGUAGUGAGUGCCAGGACAUUGACUUUUUGCCCCCCACGCAUAGUUCAGUGCAGUCCUGCACAGGUCAGUUUAUUUUGGAGCCGCACCCGCCCCGUCCACAUCAUUUCCGAGCCUCACCCGAUAUCCGACAUCGGGACAGAUUUUCCUCUGCAUAGAGUUGUUUCCGAGGGACGAUUCAUGACACUCCAAAUGACAUCAAUUUGUUUGACUGUUUUUAUGACUCCAGAGUAGUAAGGGAGAGGGGGAUACCUAGGAAGUUGUACAAAAAUGCAUUCAACUGAGGUGUGUCUUCCACAUUUACCCCUCAGGCUAUUCCCAUUCCCUGCAGGAAUUCAUUUGUCUGUUCUUUGUUUGGAUAAAAUGAAACCGUGCCAUGAAUUAAGGCCUAUGUUCUCAUUUUCACAAUGCAAUGCGGCACAUUGACAACUCACAUCGCUUUGAAUAGGAUCCUAUUUAAUUAGCCUUCUUCUUACUUGACGAAAGCCUAUAGCCGACAUAGCAAAACAAUACCUUUACAUUCAAACGUAAGUAAACAUUUCCCAUAACUGAAUAGGCUGUAGGCUGCAAAAAUAGUCUACAUUCAUUCAGUAGGCUAUUGGCUACUCAACCGUUUACCAGCCUCACAGGACUAAACUGUAUAUGGCCUGCGUACGGUCUAAAUAAAUGAAAGCCUGAAUUAUUGUAAUAAUGAACUUAUAUUAACUGAAUUAACGUAAACAAAUACCAGCUUGCACCGUUGCAGGCUGUGUCCAUACCGGGUUGUUAUCCCUGUCCACAAUGACUCCAAAAUCCUCCCAGACCGGGGAUUUCAGUCACGCAGCACCUGUUUCCACGAUGGUGUAUUCCACCAUCACAACCGUUGAUAGGAAAUGUGCAGCACACGGACACAUGGUUAUUUCCUUAUGGUUAAUAUCUUUGCUUAUCAUUCAUUGCAAAAUGACAAAUGCUGUCCACUCUAACCAACACAUUUAAAGAUGUCAUCAGUACAUACUAAAUUUCAGCUUCUGUGGUACUAGUUCCUCAUUUAGUUGCAAGCAGCAUACAUUUGAAUUCAUUUGACUGAACUGACAUACAGCCAUAGAUUUGAAAUCCAACUAUCCGUUUGAAACUAGAAGGCCACGCCAGCACUACCGACAUAUAAAAUCAGGUAUUACUAAGAAAGGGGAAUAACGCAUAAGCAACUACUAUUUGCUUGUAGCUCAGAUAUUGCUUGGCUUUUAUUUUGAAUAUGGUGAGGUAUGGUCUAAUCUAUUCCACGACAUGAUUCGGUAUAGUUAAUUUUGCUCAAUGCUUUAUUUCCAAUAUCGAUUUCAGUUAUUUUAUCUACAUUGGUGGCAAUGUAGAUAAACCUAACAUUCUGAUCCAAAUACUUUACUGUAAUCUUGCAUGUUGACAGUCUAGUUUGGGGUCAGAGCAUAAAAGUGCAAAAAAACAAACAAUGUACACGUGGAUCUUUUACUCAAUGUGGUAGCCGUAUAACAUCGCAGAUCAUUUAGGUGCGUUCGAAUAUACCCUUUUCACAAAGCUACGGUCUCAUUCCUUGUAGAAAACAUGUAUUUGGGCCUAUUACCAAAACCCCGGGGUGAGUUGAACAUCAUUAUUCAGAGUUCUCUGUUGCACCCCACAAAUCCUUUUCGUCAGACACAGGUUUAACUCUGCUAUUAAUAACAGUCUUUCAUCUACUGUAGCAACCAAUGGUGCUCUCCUCUCUUUUUGACUGGUACUAUUGCUUUGCUCGCCUUUGGUUUUAGGUUAUGACCGUUCAGACACACAGCAUAAAACAGAAGAAUCAUCUGUUUGCGCAUAGCAAUGAUCAAGGACCAUUCCCCACUUCGGAGGCAUGGAACAUAGAAAGAUCGGUUGAUCAAAACAAGACAAGUCAAAGACGAUUUACAUCUUUGUAUAAUGGGGUCAUUUUAGAGUAUAGCGGGUUACGGCAGUGCUCUCAAAAGAUACAACUGGCCAUACUGGCUGAUGCUGAAACAAUGUAGGAGAAUCAGUCUGUGUUUUGGGACUCUUCACACUAAUGAUGUAUAAUCCCUUUAUCAUAAGUCACCUGUGUAUAAAGUGUCAUUUAAUGUCAGAUUGCUUUCUUUUGUACAAUGGUUAUCACAACUGAAAGAAAUGGUGCACACUGUCACAAGGUCAUUAUUAAGCACAGUGCAACUAAACCACCGCGAUGAAGUUAAAACAUGGCACAUUCCCUUUUUACUUCAGUUUUUUGGUAUGCUUUUGCAUCAAACUGUUAAACGACUCCAUCUGAUGACUUGAAGCGCAUUGCUUUUGCUGCCUUGUGUGGUCACAUUUUUACAAAUUGAAAGGAAUCCUUGAAUAACCAUAUGUGUGAAAAGAUGCCCCUUUGGCCAAUCCAUUUCACAAUGACACCAUGGCUGUGUUUACACAGGCAGCGCAAUUCUAAUCUUUUUGCCUAAUUAGUGUAGAAAGAGUGGAUCGGAUUGGUCAAAAGACCAAUAAGAGGAAAAAGAUCAGAGUUGGGCUGCCUGUGUUAACUCAGCCUACUAGACCCAUAUGAACCUUCUGUCAUCAUAAUGAUUAGCCUCAUUAACAACUCUGCAUUGUUUUACCAUUUAGAAGAGUAUAUUAUACCCCGUAUCUAUGUAUGCAAGCAAACAAAUGCCAUUCUGCUCGUUCUUCAUCUCAUUCACUGGUCGUUGUGGCUGUUGCGCUGUCGUGCUGUGUGUUUUGCUAACUAUCUUUUGUAUCAGGACUAUGCAGCAACUUCUACUGGUGUUGGCAAUUAGAGAAAAGAAAACGGUCAAAAUCGUUCUGAAAGCUAACAAACCCAGUCUUGCCCCAGUCUUGCAGUAAGUUGGACCAAAUGACGAUUAUGAGAUAGUUUUCCAGGCAGGGUUUGACUAUGCCUUAAUGUGAAUUUUGAUGCAAGUGUUGCAUUGAGACAGAGUGAGUAUGUAACCUUUGACAAUGGAAGGGAUGCUUUGUGUCAAACCUUGGUCCCACAAGACACCACCUGACCUUGAAUUGAUGGGAAAAACCUGGGCUUUAGCUCAGUGGGCUAACAUACCCUUGUGGCGCACAGGAAACCCGGGUUUGAACUCAGGUUGGUCACAUGAGGGAUAUGAUGUGUAGGUUAAUAGAGUUUGUUGUCCAAAGGUUUAGUCCUGUAUUACAGUUGGGCACAAUUGAAAUAUUAUCAAAGAUCAUAGUUCAACAUUAAAACUUGAUUUAAAAAAAAAAUCUAAGAUAAAUCAACAUUUUUUAUAUCAGGGUCUUCAAAAAAAUCUUAAACAAAUCUGAAGUUCUUGGAAAUGAAGUAUUUCCACUUAAUGAAGGCCAAUACAGGUUGCUGAAUAGUCAUAAUUAUUUUACAAAGCUUGUUACUGACUCACAAUAAAAAAUAUAAAAACUGUAAUAAUGGUAUCUAAUGUCACUGACGGGCAAAUGUGAUGGAUUUUUAAAUGUUGUAAAUGCAUGCCAAAUGAGUGUGUGAACAAAAUAUGUAAUAGCAUCAACGUAUUGUUAGGGGUUCAUUCUAUAUAGAAAAUGAUUUUUCUUUUUAAUAUGCUGAUAUUUGAUAUUUCUUUUUCUAAGGAAUCCUUUGUAAAAUUUCAUUUAUCUAUUUUGUACAGGAUUUCAUAAUUGUAAACAUUUGUACAUAGUUCUGCAUACUGUAUGCGACAACAAUCAUUAAGGAAAACAAAUAACUCCAUAAAGGCCUAUUACAAGAUUAAUAACUUAUCACUCCAGAGUUGAGCCCAAUACAUGGAGAGGUAGGCAUGCUUCUGAAAUGACAUUUUCAUCCACCUAUCGCUGUUCGUUCCAGUCAAUAAAAUCAUGUCAU